GAACAAAUACUGUCGAAUUUCAGUCUGCUUCAAGUAGUCGAACUUAAUUGUAAUUAAAAUAUUUUGUAAAUAAAAAUAAGAAUUUUGUAAAUAAUAAAAGUUAACCAAAAAAAAAAAAAAAAAAAAAAUGGAUCAAGUUGAUACAUAUUUAAAACACUCAAAUGGCAUUCAGUACCAUGUGAUUACAGGCUUAUUGAAUGAAUUUGAAAAUGAGGUUAGUCAAAUGAAGGGAACAGUGAUGGACAUAGGAUGUGGUCCUGGAAAUAGUACGAAGAGUUUAAUUUUACCAAAAUUGUCAAAAGAUGCCGUUGUAGUCGGACUCGAUGUCUCGGAGAAAAUGGUCGAAUGUGCACGAAUACUAAAUGCUGACGAAAAAGAACGGUUAAGUUUUGAACAAUUUGAUAUUGAAGUAAAAGAUUUUCCCGUUGAAUACGAGGAACGAUUUGAUCACGGUUUUUCCUUCUUUACUCUUCAUUGGAUUGCAGAUUUAAGACUUGCUUUUGAAAAUAUUUAUAAACUUUUGAAACCCGGAGGAACAUUCUUAAGUCAAACUAUUCAAGUGUUUAAUGGCUACAAUGGAUAUUUAAAACUAGCUGAAUCUGAAAAGUUCAAAGAAUACAUGAAGGAUGCUAGGAGAUAUGUAACUUCUCUUUAUUUUGCCGAAAAUCCAAGAGCAGCUUUGAUAGAAAUUUUAGAGGAUGUUGGUUUCCAAGUUUUACAUUGUAGCGUACGGGAAAAAAUAACUGGUUAUAAAUCACAAGCUGACAGAAAAGAACUCUAUACUUCUAUCAAUCCUUUCGUACUUCGAAUGCCGGAAGAUGUGAAAAAUGAAUUCAUGGACAAAUUAAUGGAGGAAACUUUAAAGGAAGAAAAUGUAUUGUUUAGAAAAAAUGCCGAUUCCUCGAAAGAGGAUAAAAUAUUUGAUCUCUAUAAAUUAAUGAUGUUUCAUAUUAAAAAGCCUAAUAGUGAGAUUUAAUAAUUAGAAUUUAAUUUUACUAACGUCCAUCAAAAUUUUUUGAAAGUUUAAGAGGACGAAAAAUUUUAUUAUAUUUUUAAAAAUUACUGAUUUUAACUGAACUUGGAAAUGAACGGCACAGUCUUUUUUUAAAUGUAAAAAAUAAAAGAAAAAUAUAAAAAAAUAAAAUAAAAAAAAAAAUGUAAAAAAAAUAAAAACAAAAAAUUUAUAUAAAUAUAAAUAUAAAUAUUUUUUAAAAUUACAGAAUCGAAUAAAAUUACGAAGAAUGUAAAUUUUUUUUAAAAUGAAUUAUUUAUUAAUACACGUGGCAUACAAUGUUACUGUAGAAAUAUAUUAUUAGAAUUUAAAAAAGAAAUAAAUCGAUUUCGUUCAUUUGAACAUUUAAAACUUUAUGAACAUUAUUACUGAAUGUGAAGAAUGUGUAAAAGUAGAAAUGAACUUUUUGUAUUAAAAUAUUGUACAUCACAAGAGAAUAAUAAAAAAUUAUAAUAUUAUUUUAUUAAUAAAAAACAUAUGCAGUUAAAAAAA